ACAAAUCGCCAUUUUGUUGAUUGAUAUUUUCUUCAUUACCGAUGUUGUUGUUUUUAUAUUUUUUUGCGCCAAAAAUUAUGUAGUCUAUAGGGAGUCCCCUUUUUUGUUAUUUAUGUAAUAUUCAUCAACUCAAAGGUCAAGAGUUAAAAGAUUAUCAUUUAUAAAUAUUGUUAGUUGAUACAACAACAUGAUUCAAAUUAUUUACAAUAAUUGGACACUAUUAUUAUUGACAUUACUAUGUCAAAUUCCAAGAAUAGUAACUGGAAAAAAUAUUGUUAUGAUACUUGUUGAUGAUUUGGAUUUGAUACUAGAUGGAAUGACACCACUGAUAAAAACACAAAAUUUAAUUGGUAAAAAUGGAGCAACAUAUGAAAAUUGUUUUGUUGCAUCACCAGUAUGUUGUCCAAAUAGAGCAGCAAUAUUAACUGGAAGAUAUCAGCAUAAUCAUAUGACAUUUAAUAAUACAAUUCAAGGUGGUUGUAGUAGUAAAAAGUGGCAGACAAAUAUGGAAAAUAAUACAUUUGCUGUACACUUGAAUAAUCAAGGAUACAAUACAUUUUAUGCUGGAAAAUAUUUAAAUCAAUAUGGUGGUCGAGCUGUUGGUGGAGCUGCUCAUAAACCAGCAGGUUGGGAUUGGUGGGCUGGACUUGUUGGUAAUUCAAAAUACUAUGAUUAUUCAUUGUCAAUUAAUGGAACAGAAAAAAAAUAUGGUAUUCAUCCUAACGAGUAUCUCACUGAUGUAAUUAGCAAAAUGGCUGGUGAUUUUAUCAAUGGUCCUAGAAAUAAUUUAUCACCAUUUUUAAUGGUUUUAUCACCACCAGCACCACAUGCACCAUUUACACCAGCAUCACGACACAAUGAUGUAUAUAAAAAAAUAAAAGCCAAACGUACACCAAAUUUUAAUACUCAAACACAAAAUGAUAAACAUUGGCUGGUUAAAACUGGAAAUGCUCCAUUGUCUCAACAAGCAUUGACAAUAAUUGAUGAUGUUUUUAGACGUAGAUGGGAAACUUUACUAGCUGUUGAUGAUUUGGUAGAAAAUGUUAUAAAUUUGUUGAAAAAAGCAAAUAUUUUAGAUGAAACAUUUGUUAUUUUCACCUCAGAUAAUGGUUAUCAUAUUGGACAAUUCAGUAUGCCAAUGGAUAAAAGACAACCGUAUGAGACAGACAUUCGAGUGCCUUUGAUGAUACGUGGUCCUGGAAUUGAACCAGGUAGUCAUGUUGCAUCACCAGUAAGUAGUGUUGAUUUAUUUUCAACAAUAUUAGAAAUGGGAGGAACUGAAAAACCAUCAGAUGGAAUAUCAAUGCUCAGAAAAAAUAUUUCAAUUGAUCGUACAUUGUUGAUUGAGUACAAAGGUGAACAUGCUAAUAAUCGACAAAAAUCUGGAUGUCCAAUAAAUGAUGCUGAUUCAAAUAUUACUCUUUGCAGAGCAGAUCUUGAUUGUAAAUGUCAAGAUGUCGCCAAUAAUACAUACACUUGCAUCAGAAGAUUUUCCAAAGAUAAUAAUAAUUUAUUUUGUCUAUUUGAAGACAGUCAGAAUUUCAUGGAAGCUUAUGAUUUUAAUGCUGAUGAAUUUCAAAUGAAAAAUAUUGCAUACACAAUGAAAGCAGCCAAAAGACGUCGUUUUACAAAAAGAUUAAGAAAUAUGAAAAAUUGCUUUAAUGAUAAUUGCAUUCGUAAUCAUGCUUUUACAAAAUGGACAUAAUUUUUUUGGACAUAACAUUGUUUUUUCAAAUAUAUGAUUAUAUUUAAAAAAACAAAAGUUGUUUUUAUUUUUGUAGAAUUUUUUAACGCAAAAAUAAAAAAUUUUUUAAUACAAAAAAAA